AUGUCGCAGAUGGCCUUCAGCACCGCCAACUGGCAUUGGAAGAACAAGACGGUGACGCCCUGGGCCAAGAGCUGGUUCGAGCGCGAGCUGCCCACCGUCUUUGUCGAGGGCGAGGGAUCUGGUCCCGCCGGCGCGCGCGUGCAGGUUACGAAAGUGACCGAAUGUGAUGGCGAUGUCGAGCUCGGCCGUCGCAAGUCCAAGCUGAUCACGAUCUUUGACUGCCGCGUCGUGCUCACCUGGUCGGGCACUGCCGACGAUGGCACUGCCGAGGGCACGCUCACUAUCCCCGAGGUCUCGCACGACGUCGUGAUCGACGGUAUCUCCGACUACGACUUCCAGUUCGCGCUCACGUCCGAGGCAACGCCCACGGCAUCCGCUCUGCUCCAGCUCGCGCGUACCAAACUUCCUGGCGCACUCCAGGCAGCCAUCGCCAAGUUCCCGGCCGCGAUCAUCGACACGCAUGGCGCAGAUCUCGUUGUAGGUGGUGACCCCAGCCGGGGCGGAAGUCCCGCGCCUACUGCGCCGGCACCUGCAUCGGAGAAGAAGGCGGAGGAGAAGGUCGCUGUAAAGGAGAAGAAAGAGAAGGCGGUGAAUACGAGUCAGGUGUCGGUCGAGGCUACCUUCGCGGCCUCGGCGGAUGACUUGUAUUCCAUCCUUACGGAUGAGAAGAGGAUCCCGGCUUGGUCUCGCGCAUCUGCGAAGUCUGAGCUGAAGGAGGGCGGAGAGUAUGUGCUGUUUGGCGGAGGCGUGCGCGGGAAGUAUGUCUCGCUCGCGCCUGGUAAGGAGUUGAAGCAGACGUGGACAUUGCAGAGUCCAACGUGGCCAUCCGGGCACGAAGCAACACUGACGACCAAAUUCGAUCAGUCCACGGACUCGACCAAGGUCACCUUCACGCUUUCGGGCGUCCCGACCGGCAUGGAGGAUGAGCUCAAGACGAACCUGGAGGGAUACUAUAUCCUUGGCCUCAAAAACAUUGGACUUGGCACGGUGCUUUGA